AUGUACACAACGUAUCUUAACCGACCAACGCCUCCAAAACUUACAAGCAUAGCCAAUCAAGAUUUGAACCCAAAUUUGACAAGCAUGCUUUUAAAAAUAAUAUCAAAUAAUGAUAUUAAUGAAAUACUCGGCACAAUUCAAGAAGAAAAAUCAAAAUUAAGCAAAGCAAAACAAAGACAUGAUGAUUUGUACGUUAUGUUGUCCAUUAUUGAAAAAAUCAUUGAAGACACAGAACAUUGGAGUAAUGAACAAAGUGAACAAGAAAUCACUUUCUAUCGAAGGUUUGCAAGUUUAUUAGAUUCGUUAUUUAAUAACUGUGAAAUUAAAAUGGCUGAUGGAGAAACAGGAUGUGAGAGCUCAAAAAAACAUAUUGAAGUCAACAAGCGCCUAUUCAACACAGACGAUAAUUCUCCUUCGUAUCCCAGAAAGAUAGAUCUUUUACUGAAAUAUGAUGACAGAAGAAAUAUUGAACUGUGCUCGAAUGAAUGGAAACGAGCCAAGCAUGAGGAUUACUUUGUCGCUUCUCCAUAUUCAACAAUCGUUAUACCUAUGAAAGUAUCCGAUAUCUCUUUCUUGAAAUCCACGUUGGCUUCUCUUUUUAGUUUUAAAAGCUUCUACACCUCCCUCAUUCCAAAACUACGAGAAAAAAUUAUGCAACAUGAAAUCAGUCAUGAUUUGGACGAUGUUUGGAUUAUAGAGCAUGACAAUCAACUACAAAACAAUACCAACCUCAUUUACUUUGAGUCAAAGAAAAGAAAGUCUAUCGAUGAUAAUAAUGAUGGUCAUCAAAGUAAGAGAGGCUCGAACCGCGUCUGA